AUGAAGCUCGUUCGAUUCCUCAUGAAAUGCGCCAACGAGACGGUGACGAUCGAGUUGAAGAAUGGAACAAUCCUGCACGGCACCAUCACUACCGUCUCCCCCCAAAUGAACACCUCCCUCCGCACCGUCAAAAUGACCCAAAAAGGCCGCGACCCCAUCUCCCUCGACACCAUCAACGUGCGCGGCUCCACAAUCCGCUACUACAUCCUGCCCGACAGCCUGCCGCUCGAUACGCUGCUCGUCGAUGAUCAGCCCAAGCCGAAGAACAAGGCGCGUAAGGAGGCGGACCGCGGUGGUGCGCGUGGUGGGCCUCGGGGUGGGCCGCGUGGCCGUGGGAGGGGUCGGGGACGGGGGCGCGGUCGGGGUUUCUAG